AUGGCGUCGAUGACCAUGACAGCCACAUUCCUCCCGGCACUCGCUAAGCUUCCGUCAACCACCGGCGGACGAAGGCUCUCGUUGAUCAGAGCCUCAACGAGCGAGAACACAACCAGCUUAGAAGUCAAGGCCAAGGAGGAACAGAGCAGCACCACAAUGAGGAGGGACCUAAUGUUCACGGCUGCAGCUGCGGCGGUUUGCUCCUUGGCUAAGGUAGCCAUGGCAGACGAGGAGCCCAAGAGAGGGACAGAGGCGGCUAAGAAGAAAUACGCUCAAGUUUGUGUCACAAUGCCUACGGCCAAGAUCUGCCGCUACUGA